GGGAGGGUGAUGCGCGCCUUGUGGCCCGGCCUCUAGUCGUCUGCGCCGCGACUGCCGCCGCCCCCACCGCCGCCGCCCUUCCCGGACCGUGGAGGGGAGGAUGGAGUCGGUGACCGUCGCCGCCGACGGCGGGGACCGGCCGGCGGUCCCAGCGGGCUCAAGCCUGUCGGCUUCGCAGCGUCGGGCCGAGCUGCGGCGGAGAAAGCUGCUCAUGAACUCGGAACAGCGCAUCAACCGCAUCAUGGGCUUCCACAGGCCCGGGAGCGGCGCGGAAGAAGAAAGUCAAACAAAAUCAAAGCAGCAGCAGGACAGUGAUAAACUGAAUUCUCUCAGCGUUCCUUCAGUUUCAAAGCGAGUAGUGCUGGGUGAUUCGGUCAGUACAGGAACAACUGACCAGCAGGGUGGUGUGGCCGAGGUAAAGGGGUCCCCACUGGGAGACAAAUUGGACUCUUUGAUUAAACCACCUGAGUGCAGUAAUGAUGUCAAUCUUGAGCUCCGGCAGCGAAACAGAGGGGACCUGACAUCAGACACCGCCCAGAGGGGUUCCCGCCAUGGCCUAGAACAGUACCUUUCCAGAUUCGAAGAAGCAAUGAAGUUAAGGAAACAGCUGAUUAGUGAAAAACCCAAUCAGGACGAUGGAAGUACAGCAGAAGAAUUUGACUCUUUUCGAAUAUUUAGAUUGAUGGGAUGUGCUCUUCUUGCUCUUGGAGUCAGAGCUUUCGUUUGCAAAUACCUGUCCAUAUUUGCUCCAUUUCUUACUUUACAACUUGCGUACAUGGGACUAUACAAAUAUUUUCCCAAGGGUGAAAAGAAGAUAAAGACAACAGUACUAACAGCUGCACUUCUGUUAUCUGGAAUUCCUGCUGAAGUGAUAAAUCGAUCAAUGGAUACUUACAGCAAAAUGGGCGAAGUCUUCACAGAUCUCUGUGUCUACUUUUUCACUUUUAUCUUUUGUCAUGAACUGCUUCAUUAUUGGGGCUCUGAAGUACCUUAAGCCAACUCAAAAGGAGAAGCUUAAAAAAAGAAACAGUUACUCUUCUAUAUUGCAGUGUCUCUAAAGGAGGCAAAUUGGUUUAUACCUUUAUGCAAUUUUUUUACUUUAUAGUGGUUGUAAAACCACUUUAUUAGGAAUGGGAUGGCAGGUUCCCUGAUUUUAAAAGGGUUGAGUUUGUAUUAGUACUGAUAUGAAGAAUAGAGUACCAGUGUCAUUCAUUGGUUUUCCUUGUUUAAUUAGAAUCCCUAUUCUAUACCUUCCCCUAACAUCUCAGAUUUGUGUUUCUCUUGGGGGCUCAGUUAGUGCUUUUAGGAGAGCAGAUAACAUGGUGUCAUCCCUAAAGACUGCUGCUUGUAUUUGUGUUAUUCUGUUCUGAAAAAUGAAGUCAUCCAAAAAAUAAAAUGAAAGAAACUGAAUUGUCUAAGGUUAAA